GACAUGAUUCAGUAAUCACUCAAGAAAAUCAUACUUUGACAGAAGAGGAAGCUACUAUACAAUCAAAAAAAUGAGCAAGCAUACGAAUUUCAGAUGCCACAGGACGGGUGGUCAUGAUGCGGAAGAGCUGAAGAACUUCUGGGAAAAGGUCAUCCAAGAGCAAACUAAGCAACAAGAAGCUGAAGUGUCUAGGCUAAGCAAAAGUGCCCUGAACAAACUUCGCCAGGAAUGGACUCUGCGGCUGGAAGGUCGAGUAAGGCAGGUCCAGGCACACAUGAAAACACGGGAAGAACAAAUGACGCCACUCUCUAUCGAGGCUCUUCCCUCACCAGAUAAAACUGUUGCUUAAAGUUACUGUGCAGACACAGCAAGCCCUGGGCCCAAUUCUGACCUUCAGCAUGUGCCUGUAAACCAGCAGCUGAACAACCAAAAGAUCAGAUUCUGCCCAUUUUCCAAACUAUUUACUAGAGCUACUAUUAAAGUACUAUUAAAAUUCAGUGCAAGAAUAAUGCCACAGGGGAAAAAUAAGCACAAAGGGAUAGAUGAGAAGCAGACAACUCUAAUUUUUCAUGAUAUAUUAUUACUGUGAUGUACCAGGAUUCUCUUAUGUAACUGCAUUUCAAAGUGACAACAACUCACAGCUAGGAAAGAGGGUGGCUUGCUUAAUAGGAAUAAUACAUUCAGACAGCUGCAUGCAAAAUUGCACAUUUCCAUUUACACAGCUCACAGAGUCUGGCUUAAUGCAAACGUAAGAUGUACUGUCUGUCUUGAUGAGCCACAGCAGAGGGAGAUAAGGAUUAGCCUGAUCAGCCUGAUUAGCUGGCCAGGAGGAGAAACAAAUUCUUUAAUGGAAUGAGGGGGAAAAAAAAAAAAAGAACUUUUCUGAUCAAUAUAUAAGAACAUUUGCAGAUCUUAAUAAUUAAAUCAACAGUAAAUUUUGCUUUGACUUUCUUGGGCUAUGUAAGAAAAAGGCUACUGAGUCAGUAGUCUUUAUUAUGAGCAAGUCUGACAAACAUUAGAGUAGUAAGAGCAAAUCAGCGUGAGAGUUUGAAGUAGGAGGCAGUGAAUCAUAACAGCACAGAUAUGCUUUGCAAAGUAUCACUUGCCAUACCUGACAUGCACUAAUCCAAAUAAUUCCUGCAUCUUCUCUUGGGUUAGGUGAAACAAAACACAGAGUAAUAGCAGUGUUCCCUAUUUACCUAUAUUCCUGUGUAUCUAAAUACUAAUCUUUUGGAUUAAAGCACUUAUUUGUUUUCUCUUCAAAUAAUAUUUGAUACACAAGAGAAGACUCAUAAGUCUAAGGAGCUGUUUUUCUCUUACUAAAAACAGAAAUUUACUUUGAAUCUAUAUUUAUACUAAAGAAGUAGAUAGGAAUACAUUUGAUAUAUUUCA